AUGCCCAACAACACCUGGUCUGACGACUCCGACAAGGGUGUGACCGGCGCCGCCAAAUUCGUCACCUCAACGCUCGGCAACACCGUCGGCGGAGUCUCGAGGACAGUCGGAGGCGUCACGGGCGCAGCGACCCGCGGUGUUGGGGGUACCAUCAACAGUGCCACUGGAAGUGCCGGGAAGCCUGUCGGAGAUGCCUUGGGCAGUGCGGGAACAGGGCUCGAGGAUGGACUGAACAAGGUUGGGAAGGGAGUUGAGAAUGCGGGACAGUGGAAGUGA